CGCGACGCGGCGCAGGAGAAAUUACAUCCAAGAAAUCUUAUCCCAGAGCUUUGUAGACUGUUUUAUGGUUUAGGCUGGGUAACAGGAACUGGUGGUGGUAUCAGCGUGAAACAUGGGAAUGAAAUCUACAUCGCUCCUUCAGGAGUCCAAAAGGAAAGAAUACAGCCAGAAGAUAUGUUUGUUUGUGACAUGAACGAACAGGACAUCAGCAGUCCUCCACCACACAAGAAACUAAAGAAAAGCCAGUGCACACCUCUCUUUAUGAAUGCCUACACUAUGAGAGGGGCAGGUGCAGUGAUCCAUACUCAUUCCAAGGCUGCUGUUAUGGCUACCCUUCUUUACCCAGGGACUGAGUUCAGUAUUACCCAUCAGGAGAUGAUAAAAGGAAUCCAGAAGUGUACUUCAGGAGGCUAUUACCGAUAUGAUGAUACACUAGUCGUUCCCAUUAUUGAGAACACACCAGAAGAGAAGGAUCUCAAGGAAAGAAUGGCACGUGCAAUGGAAAAAUACCCAGACUCUUGUGCUGUAUUGGUCAGGCGUCACGGAGUUUACGUAUGGGGAGAAACAUGGGAAAAAGCCAAAACAAUGUGUGAGUGUUAUGAUUACUUGUUUGAUAUCGCAGUGCAGAUGAAGCAGCAUGGGCUAGAUCCUUCAAAAUGUCCAGCAGGAGAAAACGGGAUCUUGUAAAUGACAACAACAUUUAUAUUCAG